AUGCAAAUGCCACACCUCACCAGUUCCCCAGAAUCGACCCCAGCUGCCCCCCCUUUCCCCACACCCCCUUUCCCCUCACUGAUUCAACCACACACACACAUAGACACCCCCGUUACCACUCUCUCUCUCUCUCUCUCUCUCUCUCUCUCGCUGUCGCUGUCGCGUGGCCUCUCUGCGCUCCGACACAGACACUCACACAUCUCUCUCUCCCUCUAUCCUUCCCGUCAAGUUCUCCCCUUUUCCCUCUCUCCCUCUCUCGCUCUCUCGCUCUCCCUCUCUCUCUCGCUCUGUGCAGGAAGAGAAAGGUUGGACGCCGGUUUGGACCGCCAUUCACUCACCAUGACGGGCGAGACCACCGCCGCGAAACAGCCGCUGGCGGCUGCAGUGACCCAGACCAGCAACAAUAGUGAAGGCAGUGAACAAGAUGCUGCAGCUACUCGGGCUGCAACAACAGACUCGCCCUCGUGCUGCGACCAUGACCAUGACCAUGAUGACCAUAGCCAGGAGGAACAGGAAACGUCCGCUUCCGAGGACAAAGGCAGCGCAUCAUCAAACAAGCGAAAGGCUGCUGCUGACGCCCUCGACUCGGAAACGCUCUCCAUGCGCACCUGCAUCAUGCAAACUGACACCAAGGACACCCGUCCCCGCCUCAAACUGGACACGAGUGGCCACCUUCACCUCAUCAACGUCCCCUUCCUCUGCCAGGAAUGUCACUACGAAUCAACCUCCUUCCGUGACAUGUCAGCCCACUGCCGCCAACACGAACACGUCUUCCGCUGCAUGAUCUGCGCCAAAAACCUCUCCCGCACGGACAACACCACCAUUCACCUCUUCUCCCACCUUCAAGUCACCCCCUUUGAAUGCACCCAGGACGGCUGCCACCGCCGCUACAGCCACUACUUCUCCCUGCGCCGGCACCAGAAACUUAGCCAGCACAAGGGUCUCAUCUGCCACGAAGUGGAAGUGCCCAUCACGUCUUUGGCCUCUGACGUUGCGCGCAACACUGCCGUCAACCCCACUUCCGUGACAGCAAACUCAAACUCCAUCCCCGACCCCAUGGCCUCCUUGUCCGCCUUUGGCAGUCAAGCUCAGCCCCCGGCAAAGCGCACCAAACCCGCCGACGCCCUGGCCGCCAUCCACUCCCCCAACACAACCGCCCAAGCCGCGUCACCAGCCUCAGUCGGCGCCCCUUUUGGCGCGCCCUCCCCCAUUAGCCAUCCCAUGCACGACUUGGCCAUGCUCAUGGCCGCUGCCAAGUCAGGCAUCACCCCUGCAAACCUGCAACUGCUUCAACAGCAACAGCAGCAACAACAGGCCGCCUUGCAUAUGGCCAUGCGCCAAGCCAAUGUUUACUCCAUGCCCCUCAUGGCCGGCGCCGUCACCCCGACAUCCACCUCCGUUCCCGCCAUGUUCAACCCAGCCAAUUGGAUGAACAUGGCCACGCACUCGCAGGCCCCGGUUACGCCGAUGCAGCAACAACAACAACAGCAUCCCACUGCCAACAUGAUGCUCAGUCAAGCCAGCCCCAUGAUGAGCAUGCCACCCAACUUCAAGUUUCCCGCCUUCGCCACCGCUGCCGCCAUGCAGAGCAUGAACGCCGGUGCCCCCGCCGCCAGAAUAUUUGCCUGUCAGUAGAGGACGGGAAGCGAAUCAGUUUGCCGUUUCCAACUUUCUCUUCUCCGACUCUUGAGUCUUGCACGUCUCUCUUUGUUUCUGUCGCCUGUCCAUCGUAGCAAAGCCACACGGCCCGGGGCCGUGCUGGGUCUUUGAAACCUUGUAACGGCUCUCCUCGUGGUGUUGAUCAUCACGUGCAAUCUCUGCAUGGAGAGCUUGUCCUUGUCUUACUUGCCGCAGCGUUUCUUUUAUGGUUUUAUUGGUCUGCGUCUUCUUUUGCUCUUUAAGUGAACCCCCUUUAAUCGACUCUUUGACCUC